UUUUAGUAAUAACUGAUCAUUUUACCAAAUAUGCAUUGGCUAUACCGACUCCAAACCAGCGGGCACAGACUGUAGCGAAGUGCCUCUGGGAAAACUUUAUUGUCCAUUAUGGUUUUCCUGAGAAGCUUCUUAGUGAUCAGGGUGCUGAUUUCGAGUCAAAAACCAUAAAGGAACUUUGUGAACUUAUUGGCAUCAGGAAAGUGCGAACUACCCCUUACCAUCCUAGGGGAAAUCCGGUUGAAAGGUUCAACCGCACUCUGCUUCAAAUGCUUGGAACACUUGAUAAGUCAGACAAACUCCGCUGGAAAGACUUUGUCAAACCUCUGGUACAUGCUUAUAAUUGUACAAAGAGUGAUGUGACUGGAUUCUCCCCGUACGAAUUAAUGUUCGGGAGACAGCCCAGAUUACCCAUUGACUUGAUUUUCAGAUUGCCCACCAAUGCUACCAAACAGACUCAUUCCCAGUAUGUUGGUAAUUUAAAAUCUCGGUUGGAAGAAAGUUACCGUAUUGCCACUACUAAUGCAGGAAAGAAUGCAAGUCGCAAUAAAGCCCGAUUUGACAGGCGGGUGAUUGAAUCAACCUUGCAGACAGGAGACAGAGUUCUCGUACGAAAUGUGAAGUUGCGUGGAAAACAUAAAUUGGCAGACAAGUGGGAGGAGGACGUCUAUAUUUUCCUCAAGCAAGCUGGAGAAAUGCCAGUUUACACAGUUAAACCGGAAAAUAAAGAUGGACCAGUACGGACUCUGCACAGAGACCUGCUUUUGCCAUGUGGGUUCCUGUCAGCAGCUGCAGAACCUGAAAUAGUCAAACCUUGUCCAAACAGCAGACCCAGAACGAGACAAUGUCCAGUCAUCGAGAGUGAGGAGCAGAGCAUUUCAGAUUGGGAUGAUAUACCUGAUUGGACAUUCGUCCCUCGUAUUACAUCUAAACCUAAUGAUUAUAUCAUAGUGCCUGAAACUCACAAGUCGAGUGAGCCUCCUUGCGCAGUCCGGCACUCAGCAGGAACAGAGGAAUCUGCAGUUUCCUUCACACCGGAUAAUCCAGCAACUCCCUCCCUUGUAGGUCAUAGAAGUACUGGAGACAUUCAGGGUGUAUCAAGUGUCAACUUACCUGAAAAUGUUGACUUACCUAAACAUGACAACCUAUCUGAAGUGAACAUUUCACCUGAACUGAACUCGGUGAACAGAUCCCCUCAGUGUUUGGAUUUGCAGCAAUCUGAGGACAUUCCUCCAGAUAAUGAGACAAGCUCAGAUGCAGCAUGUGAUGAUGGGUUUUGUAAAGCAAAUGAACCCGUUACUGCCCAGCCUGAACCCUUAAAGUUUCAGAUUGAUGGACUUCAAGAGGCUGAAACAUCUCUUCGUCGCUCUCAAAGAGUACACACAAAGCCUAAAAGAUUAGAUUAUGUAAAACUAGGAAAUCCUCUGAUAAUGGUAGUGAAUUCUCUUUUCCAGGGUCUAAGUGAGGCAUUGACUAGUUCCAUGAAUGGUUUUGAGAAUGUGUCCCAUGAUUUCGUCAGGCCUGCCUAAGCUGUGUUAGUCAGUAUUGCAUUGUGAAUGCCCAGGGACGGGCAUACCCUUCAGAGGGGAGGGUGUAACAUACAUAAAAUGGCGAUGUCCCUUUAAGAGUCAGAGGACCACUGCCGCGCGGGUCCUGUCUUGCUUCCCCGCGUCUGCAGUACUAGUUCUGGCGUGAGGAGGAGACUGCUGAGCUGUGCAGUGUGGUAGUCUGACAGUUAUAGUUCGGAUACAAACUUAAAACAAACAGUUUGCAGUUAAAAUUACCGUUUAUCAUCCACAGUUCAAGCUGGAAAUAGUUGAGUUGAAGUGCCCCACCUGUCCGGACUGAGAGCCAUCAUAUUGUUGUCCCAAACAGGUUGGAGUGAGAUCGGUCAGGUUUUUUUCUUUAUGCUGGAUUAUUCCUGAGGUGGAUUCCUCCGGUGAUUGAUGGCGAGCCUUCCCACCUGGACUUAGAGAAAGAACUGGACUCAUUCUUUUCCAUUUGGAGUCCUGCUGCACCCUGCGGUGUGGUAGGCCUGUUUCACUCACAUCUUCACGCACAGUUGGUUAUGCACGGGACCAUUGACUUACAUUUUUUCACUUUUAUUGUUUCAUUCUGGGAUUUAAGACCUUAUUUUUUUUACAAGAUUUAUUUCGGACAUUAGAACAGACCACUGUGGUGGACAUUCUCCUCAGGUGAAUGAUGAUGAGUCAGACCUGAAUUGGAACUGAAUUUAAUCUGAAUUGUUUAUUACAAAUUUGAAUUCAUAUUAAGAGGGUGCACCCAAGAUAUUUAGAACUGAGAAUUAGAACUUGGCCAAGUAUUGCUAUUAUUUUAUUUCAUUGUUGAUUUUAUUGUGUGUAUUUUAUUUUCAUGAUUUUGU